CGAAAUUUUCGAAUAGAAUUUGAGUCAUUUUUUUGUGCCUUGUGUCAAAUAUUGGGGAAGUUGACACCCUGCAGACCAGCAUUUGAUCCCCUAGGGUUUCGGGCAAUCCAAAUAGUUCAUUCAUUUCCAUUUUUGUAAUCGGGUAGUGACAGCUUUCGAUCGGCUCCGAAGGCUGGGGAAUUAGCAAUUACAAGUUUACAACCCUUUUCCCAAUCCCUCGCAGAUUCCGGACUUGUUUUCCAUAAGCAGAGCCACACCUGCGCUUCCUCCUCGUUUGAUUUUGAUAUUUGAAGAGACGAGUGGAAUAUGACGGAGACCUCCAAAGUCAUUCACGUCCGCAAUGUCGGACAAGAGAUUUCUGAGGCUGAUUUGCUCCAGUUGUUGCAACCGUUUGGCGGGGUUACAAAGAUUGUAAUGCUUCGGGCCAAAAAUCAGUCCCUUCUCCAAAUGUGCGAUGUACCUUCGGCUAUUCGUGCUAUGGAGUACUAUUCAAAUGUCCAGCCCAGUAUUAGGAGGAGGAAUGUCUAUAUGCAAUUUUCUUCACAUCAAGAACUAACUACUGUAGAUCAAGGAUCACAGGGACGGAACGACCAGGAUUCGGAACCCAAUCGAGUCUUGUUAGUUACAAUUCAUCACAUGCUGUACCCCAUAACGGUGGAUGUGCUGCAUCAAGUGUUUUCCCCUCACGGAUUUGUGGAAAAGAUCGUCACAUUUCAGAAGUCAGCUGGAUUUCAAGCCCUCAUCCAAUAUCAGUCUCGUUCGGCUGCUGUUAUGGCGAGAAAUACUCUGCACGGACGCAAUAUUUAUGAUGGUUGCUGUCAGUUAGAUAUACAAUACUCCAACCUUAGCGAGCUGCAGGUAAACUAUAACAAUGAGCGGUCAAGAGAUUUCACAAAUCCGUCACUACCUUCUGAGCAACGAGGUAGAUCACUGCAUGAGGAUUUUUUUUGUGGUGAUUUAUCUUAUUAUUAGAUGAGCAAUGCCGCGGCUAUUGCGGCUGCAUUUGAUGGUGGUCUGCCUGCUGGUAUCAGUGGUACUAAUGACCGGUGUACACUCAUUGUCUCUAACUUGAACACAGAUAAAAUUGACGAGGACAAGCUUUUCAAUUUGUUUUCUAUGUAUGGCAACAUUGUCAGAAUCAAAUUUCUUCACAAUAAACCAGAUCAUGCGCUCAUUGAGAUGGAGGAUGGAUUUCAAGCUGAAUUAGCUGUGCACUUUUUGAAGGGUGCAUUGCUGUUUGACAAAAGGCUUGAGGUGAACUUCUCCAAGCAUUCAAACAUCACACCUGCUCCUGAUGCACACGAGUAUGGAGGAUCUAACCUUAACCGCUUCAACCGCAAUGCGGCAAAGAACUACCGCCAUUGUUGUGCUCCGACAAAAAUGCUUCAUAUAUCCACUCUCCCACAGGAGAUCACAGAGGAUGAUCUGGUGUCUCAUCUCGAGGAGCACGGAGCAAUUGUUAACACGAAGAUCUUCGAGGUGAACGGAAAGAAGCAGGCUCUGGUUUUGUUCGAAAAUGAGGAGCAGGCUACUGGAGCCCUUGUUUGCGAGCAUGCGAGUGAAAUCGACGGGUACACCAUUCGUAUAUCUUUCUCUCAGUUGCAGAACAUAUAGAUCUCCUUCUCCCACCUUUACUCUCCUUGGAGAUCUGAAGUUGCUGUCAAAUGCUAUUUGAUUUGUUGUGAUUUUGUAAGAUUGAUUUGUGCUUUGCUUUGAUGAGCUUCUUUUGCUUGAAUGUAUUGGUUUUUGUUAGUUGUUGGCUGUCUAAACAGAUUUUUAGAAUGCUAAUUCUUCUGUUUCUGUUUUGCUCUGAAUUUGUAUCUGUUCGACGUCUCUGAACAUUUUAUUUAUGGGGUUU